AUAUUUAUUUAAAAGGUUUGAUAAAUAUUUUCUUCAUGACUUCAAAACAAUCCGUCCAUCCAAUUUGCUCCCCGUCACUUGCCCUUACCACCGUCCAGAUGGAUGAAAAUGAAUCUACUUUUAAACUUAUCGAUCGGAACAGGCCUGUCCGAUACUACUUGAAUCCAUGGGAAAGGCCAUCCUCUACGGUCGAAAUCCCUCACCAACGCCACCGACACAACGAUCGCCGCACACCUGACUCCGAUGUCUCCGACUAUCGCCGACGCCGUAGCCCUAGCUACGACUCAUACGAUCGUCACAGGGACCAUCGCCGCCGCCGAAGAUCCAAAUCGCUUGAAAGCAGAAGCCCUAGACACGACAAUGGAGCUCCAAACGGCAACACUCUUCCAAAGAAAUUCGACCGCCGAAACGGUCCAUAUUUGGAUCGAGGCCAUGGAGAUUGGCGGCGUUCCGAGUCCGGUUCGGAUGAGGAGUUGAAGGGAUUGAGUUUCGAGGAAUACAGAAGGCUGAAGAGGCAAAAGAUGAGGAAGUCGCUUAAGCAUUGCAUGUGGAACGUUACACCCAGUCCUCCGAGACGCCAGAACGAAUAUCUAGAAGAUUAUAACAAAGCUGAAGAAAUUUCUGAGAAAUUCGAAAUGGAGGUCAAACUGAAAGCAAAAUCUGCAUCCGCAUCUGAAGAAUCUGAGGAUAGUGAAUCGGACGAUCCGCGUUUGAGGAAGAAAAGAAGGAAAAGUUCCGCUAGUUGUUCUAAGAAAUCGCUUAGCGAUAGUGAUUCGGAAGAAAAAGAGGAUCCUAAGCGGAGAAAGAGUAGGAGGCAUAGCGAAUCGGAAGAAAGAAUAAAAAAGUAUAGCGACAGCAGCGACAGUGAAUCCGAUGAAGAAGAUUUUUUGAAAUUCAAAAUCCAACAGUCUCGAUCCAAACGGAGCAGUAAAAGAACAAAGAAAAGUUCUGAAGCGGAAAGUGAGAGUUCGGAAGAGAAUGAGUCAGGUUCUGAUUGUGAUGGUACUAAGAAUAAAGCAGCAAUUGUUGAUGAAGUGAAGAUGGCUGAGAUUAAUGCUGAGGCUCUAAAGUUAAAGGAAUUGUUUGAGUCACAGAAGAAACCUGCUUUGGAUGACGAACCACAGGUUGGGCCAAUGCCUCUGCCCAAAGCUGAGGGGCAUAUCAGCUAUGGUGGUGCCCUUAGGCCUGGUGAAGGAGAUGCUAUUGCGCAAUACGUUCAACAAGGGAAACGUAUUCCUCGUAGAGGAGAAGUGGGUCUUUCUGCGGAAGAGAUUUCAAAGUUUGAGGAUCUUGGUUAUGUGAUGAGUGGUAGCAGGCAUCAGAGGAUGAAUGCAAUUCGUAUAAGGAAAGAAAACCAGGUUUAUUGUAAGACCCGCAUUUUCCUCAUUAGGGGUCAAGUUUCGAGGACGAAACUAUUUGAAGUAGGUAGAAUGUAACACCCACACAUUUUA